AUGAUUGCUUCAUUUGGCACACGGCUGAGGUACUGUGACAAAGACAUGGGCAACAAGCAGGUGCAGCCUCCAGAGGAAGCCUUCUGUGACCUGGAAAUGCGUCCAGGUUUACCCCUGAUCCAGCUCUACGUGAUGCCAUCUUUCUUCCUGGCUGUCAUGAUCUUCGGCCUGCCUCUCAACCUGCUCUCCCUCUGGGUUUUCUUCCUCCGUCUGCGUCGUUGGACCCGCAGCACCCUGCUCCUCUUCAACCUGACCCUGGCUGACACCUCCUGGCUGUUGGCUUUGCCCUUCCUCAUCCAGUACCAUCUGGACCGGCUGGACUGGAGGAUGGGACUGCCCAUGUGCUCGGCUGUAAGGAUGUUAUAUCACAACUACUUCUACCUCAGCAUCUUCUUCGUGACCUUCAUCAGUGUGGACCGGUACCUCGCCAUCGUGCACCCCCUGCGCUCUCUGGUUCUGCUGGGCCGGAGGCAGACCUGUGUGCUGUGUGUGCUGGUCUGGGUCACCUCUCUGGUUCUCAGCAUACCUGUCGCCAACAUGAGUAUGAUCCAGACUUGCCCUGGAAGUAACCGCUCCAUUUGUACCCUGUAUAUACUCCUGAGUGACACCAACCAGAGCCUCCCCUUCUCCCUCUUCUGCUCCAUCACCGGCUUCCUCUUCCCGCUGCUGUGCAUCUGUUACUGCGGCCUGCACAGUGUCAGAGAACUGAGCCACCGGCCUGGACCCGACCCCCUCAACAAGCAGCGGCGGCUCAGGCGGGUCCUGAAGGCAGCCCUGUUCCUCUUCGCCCUGUUCUACCUGCCCUACCACCUGUGCCGCAACGCAGCCAUUGUGAUGCGCGCAGUUUACCCAGACAACCCCGUGUCGUGGUGGCCUGCAGACGUCGCCUUCACCUUGGAGAUGUGCUUCUGCAGCCUCAACACCUGCAUCAACCCUCUGUUCAGCUGCUUCAUAGGCAGACAGUUCAGGAGGGAGUUUAACGCUCUUUUUGUGUUGUUUGCCCCGUGCACAGGCCUGCAGGUGGCCUCAGAGAUCUCCAAAAACACAGAGAUGACAGUGAGGAAAAGACACGGCAUGUCCACUGUCAGUCCGGAGGUACCAGACACUAGACCAUAA